AAGGAAGGUGAAUUGCCCGUAUCGAAGAGGAAAUGGCAGGCAGGAGAGAAGAUAAUGUUCACGCUGGUGUCCGUACCGCACGGGAAUGACAUUGCAUCACUCUUUGAGCUGGAUGCCACAACUCUGCAGCGAGCUGACUGCUUGGUGCCCAGGAACUCUUACGUCAGACUGCGCCAUCUUUGUACGAACACUUGGGUGACCAGUACCAGUAUUCCCAUUGACACGGAUGAGGAAAGACCUGUUAUGCUGAAGAUCGGAACGUGUCAAACAAAGGAAGAUAAGGAAGCUUUUGCCAUCAUCUCUGUUCCACUGUCUGAGGUUCGGGACUUGGAUUUUGCCAAUGAUGCCAACAAAGUUUUAGCCUCCACAGUCAAGAAGUUGGAGUAUGGAACCAUCACUCAAAAUGAGCGAAGGUUUGUAACCAAACUUUUGGAAGAUCUGAUAUUUUUUGUUGCUGGAGUCCCAAACAAUGGACAGGAAGUGCUGGAUGUAGUCGUCACCAAACCCAACCGAGAAAGGCAAAAGUUAAUGAGGGAGCAGAAUAUUUUAGCUCAGAUUUUUGGCAUCUUGAAGGCACCAUUCAAAGACAAAGCUGGUGAAGGCUCCAUGCUGCGUCUUGAAGAUCUGGGAGAUCAGAGAUAUGCCCCUUACAAGUACAUCCUGCGACUUUGCUACCGUGUCCUGAGGCACUCUCAGCAAGACUACCGGAAGAACCAGGAAUAUAUUGCCAAGCAUUUCUGCAUCAUGCAGUCACAGAUUGGAUACGACAUCCUGGCAGAAGACACCAUCACUGCUCUCUUACACAACAACCGCAAACUGCUGGAGAAAACACAUCACUGCCAAGGAGAUUGAGACCUUCGUGAAUUUAUUGAGACGGAACCGAGAGCCGAGAUUCCUUGAUUAUUUGUCAGAUCUGUGUGUAUCAAACACAACUGCCAUACCUGUAACUCAGGAACUGAUCUGUAAAUUCAUGUUAAGCCCAGGA